GCUUUCCCAUGUGUCCCAUUCCCCUCUUCAUACCCUUGGUGAACAGAAAAUAGGUUCAUCAAUACAAAAUUACCUUCAUCUUCUCCUCUUAACUCUUGUGGCAAAACUCUACCUUUAUCUCUCCCUUCUCCUACCAUUCAUCAAAUUAACUCCCUUUAUUAAUUUCUAAUCAUCUUAGAUUAACUAAAAUUCAGUUUUGUUUAAAACAAAGAGGUUUAAGGGGAAGCAAAAGGGGGAAAGAGGCAAUAACAAUGGUGGUUGCCUCAAGUGGAAACGCUUUCGCUAAAGAGGUUUCUAUUCGCAGGAGAAUCAUCAGCAUAUUUAAUAAGAGAGAAGAAGAUUUUCCAUCCUUGAAGGAGUACAAUGAUUACCUAGAGGAAGUGGAGGAUAUGACAUGCAACUUAAUUGAAGGAAUAGAUGUUCCUGCCAUUGAAGCUAAAAUAGCCCAGUAUGAGCGAGAGAAUUCUGAGCAGAUAAUGAAUGCUCGAGCUCGUAAGGCAGAGGAGCUAGCGGCAGCUCUGGCAGCCAGCAAAGGACCUGCGCAAGUUGAUGCUGAUGUGGCCACAGAACAGAACCCACAAGCAGGGAUAUCUACCACAGCGCAAGGGUAUGCACCUGCAGUUGCAGGAGGGGCAUUUAUGCAACCAAGACCGAUGGGAAUGGCCCCACAACCAAUACCCCUUGGGGGCCCCGAUCUUGAUGAUGAAGAAAUGAUGAAGCUGCGGGCUGAAAAGGGUGGACGUGCAGGAGGUUGGAGUCCAGAACUUGGCCGGAAAAGGGCACUUGAAGAAGCUUUUGGGAGCCUUUGGAUCUGAGGUCUUAAAAAAACUAACAUAUGCAUCAUGUUUGCCAUCAUUUAAGUGUGGAUUUUGAAGCUCUAUAUGUAAGCUUACAGCUUGAAUGUCGGCUCUUGUGCCAAAAAAACAAAAAUUAGAUAGAUUAGAAAGAUGAAUGUGUAUGUAAUUUAUCUUUUAUGAAGAUCUUUACAUACCAUGAGAAUAUGAAUGACAAGUCUAUCAUCCCUUUUUUCA